AUGCUUAAAUCUCAGGAGCUUCAACUUCAACACAAAUUAGAUGUCAUGAGUAAAAACAAUGAGCUCCAAGUAAAAGCUCAAUCUGGCACUUUCAAUAGUGAAAUCAAGGAGCUAAGGAUGGUUCUGAAGGAACGACAUGGUCUCUUCAUUCAAGAUGUCAAGACUAUUAGAGAAGGUGUGAAUAGCAAGCUUGAGGAAUUUAAGGUUGAUGUGGCAAAAGAGAUUAAAGAGUUGAAUACCAUUUACUCUUCUCUACUUUCGAAUGUAGAUAUUGUUGCAGGGGCUGUAACACAAGUCGUAGAGUGGUAUUAA